GCUAUGUGUACAGAUUGUUCUACUUUAAUAGUUUGCACAUCCUUCUUAUUCCAAAGAUUGUGUCUAUAUUACUAAUAGUUGCACAACUUAGCAACGUUAAACUGGAUGUUAUUUGGAUUAUUUGAAUGCUUUAUAAUACAACAAAAUAGAUUUACACUACUGACUCAAUUAUAUGCUACACAUCAUUCAGCCUGCACAACAGGGUUAUUUGUAUUAUUUACUUCAACAAGUAAUUAACUUGCAACAAAUCUGCUAAAUCGUGAUCCUAACAUUCUAAGUUAUUACCUUGAUUAUAGUGCACCUUCCUCAGCUAUUGCUUCUAAAUAGUAUAUGAUAUUUAAUUCCCACCUUCCAAUAUAUUGCUGUUGGGCUACAUGCUCGACUUCAGUCAACAUAACGACUUAAAUAAUAGUGUUUCUGUUUAUUUAUCGAUGUCAUACACCUAAAUACUCUCCACCAUACACAAAAGAAGUCUCAAUGAAAAUCAGAAACUCAUCUUAUUUAUUGUGGUUAUUGCUUCUUUGUUCAUGUUUAAAAACUCAUAUAGCAAUAUUAUAUGUACCGUUAUAUUGUACAUCUACUCAAUUUUCUGAUAAGUGGACUAGUUAUACUCCUGGCUAGGAUUAAUUUUUUCUGCAUGUACAAUUCUGAAAUCAACCUCUGCUCUUCUCUGAGGACCUGUCUAUGCUAUAUUGCUCUAAAUAAAUUAUCAGAUAAGAAAUAGAUCAAAAGAAUUUAUAAACGGA